AUGGGCCUCCUCAACGGCCUCCGCCUGAGCGCCCGCCGUCUCCUCCGCUCCCGCCCCUUCCGCAACCUCGCCCUCCUCCUAACCCUCUACGUCCUCCUCGACGCCCUCCGCUACCAGCGCCGCGUCACCUCGGCCCCGCGCCACGACCCGUCCCGCCCACGUCGCGCGGAGCGCAUCUACAUUGCAGGAAUGCACUACAACGACGCCUCCGUGAUCCGGACGCACUGGAAUAAAGCGGUCCUGGACCUCGUCGAGGCGCUGGGGCGGGAGAAUGUCUACGUGUCGGUGUACGAGAGCGGGAGCUGGGACGAUACCAAGGCGGCGCUGCGGGAGCUGGACGGGGUGUUGGGGAAGAGGGGCGUGAGGAGGAAUGUCGUGCUUGACGAGAGGACGCAUGCGCAGGAGGUGGAGGAUGUUCCUGCGGAGGGGGAGGAGAGGGAAGGGUGGAUUGCGACGCCGAGGGGGAAGAAGGAGAUGAGGAGGAUACCGUUUCUUGCGAGGUUGAGGAAUUUGACGUUGCGGGAUUUGUGGAAGUUGGGAGAGGAGGGGGAGAUGUUUGAUACGGUGCUCUUUUUGAAUGAUGUUGUGUUUACGACCGAAGACGUGCUUGCGCUGCUCGACACCAACAACGGCAUCUACGCCGCAGCCUGCUCCCUCGACUUCGCCCACCCACCAUCCUACUACGACACUUUUGCACUCCGCGACUCGGCGGGACAAGCGACGCUGAUGCAGCGGUGGCCGUACUUCCGCUCCGAGGUGAGCCGCCGCGCGAUGAUGGCCUACUCGGACGCCGUACCCGUGCGGAGCUGCUGGAACGGCAUCGUGGCGAUGCCGGCGGCGCCCUUCCUGGCGAAUCGGCGGGGGGCGGCCGGGGGCGUCAAGAGGCUCGCGUUUCGCGGGGUGGACGAUUCGCUGGCCGAGGAGGCGCACCUCGAGGCGAGCGAGUGCUGUCUUGUUCAUGUGGACAAUCCGCUGUCGGAGCAGCUGGGGGUGUUUGUGAAUCCGAGGGUGAGGGUCGGGUAUUCGCCUGCUGCGUAUGAGGCUGUGAAUCCGGCUGGUGGGGGUAGUUGGCUUUCUGUGUGGAGGAUUGUGGUUGGUGUUUGGGAGGGGCGGGUGAGGCGGGUGUUGACGAGUGAGAGGGUUAAGCAGUGGGUUGUUCGGAAGAGGAUGAAGGAGUGGGAGGCUCGCGGUGGUGGUGAUCAGAAGGAGAGGAGUGAGAAGGGGGUUGAUUGUUUGAUUAAUGAGGGGCAGGUGCUUGUGUACAAUGGAUGGGCUCACGUAUGA